GGCCUUUUCAAGGAAAGAUUGCUUGUUGGAAUUUACCACAGGCGACCCAGCCAAACCUCUGGGUUGCAUUAAUCAAGCUGGAACGAUGUAGAUUAGAAGGAAUGCAAGCCACGACAAUACCUUAGCCUUCGAAACUUUUUUAAUCGGUAGCCUUCUGAAUUUUUCAAUAUACCACUCGAUUGACCUGUCUAUUUUUUUUUCCUAACCUUACGUUUCCUCUUUAAAUUUUUAAAUCAUGAAGCUGCUUGCCUAUAUGCUCAUUGACAUUUGACACAGGAUGGUAUGGGAACUUAGUCAACUAAUCUUAGUUGCGUCCAAUCAGAGAUUUCUCAAAAAUGAUUAAACUAAAGCAUAUCAGCUCAUAAUUCCUAGGGUGAAUUCUAAACGAGGAAGUAAACUCAAGAAAGGGACUAUUAUUUAUUUCUUUUUUAUUCUUUUUCAAAUGUAUUUUGUAUUUCUUCUCAAUAGAAAAUUAUCUUUGAGGAAAUUGGAGAAAGGAGUAAGAUAGCAGCUACUUAGACUCAAAACAUUGACAUGAGAAACUCGCAGGUCCAGCCACCAAACCAACCAUCCCUAUCAGAUAUUAAAUCACAUCAUCGAAUAAUUUAAUUGGAUAGACUAGAAUAUCACUAUACUUGGUCACUAAGAUACAUGCCGCCCGCGAAUAAAUCCAAUACUAAGUCUAGACUCUUGAGGAUAAUCCGAUUCUUCCCUGUGCACUAGCUCCUGCACGUCAACCACGUUUUUACCAUUUUGUAAUCCUGACCAUCUGUUUCACCUAACGUUUCAUCCCUUCAUUUUCACCCUCACAAGGGGCCGAAAGACGAAUAUACCCUUUCCUUAUUACCCUCAACUGUACUCGUGUACUAUUCCAAGUUUGCCACAAAUUAGUAAUCGCCGAUUGCCAUUAUAUUCCAAAAACUUAGUUUAACUUCAGCACCAUAGAAGUCCAAAACAGGGUUCAAGAUGUCACCAGCCAUGAUCAGAGGACCGGCGCUACUUUUUCUUCUCGUUAUCACCGUCGCGUCCAUCACUUCCGGUGCUCAAGCAUUAAGAUCCAUCGUGUUUUUGCCCCAGCCUUUAUCAUCCCUCGACGUAAUCAACACCACUUCGAACCAGAAUGCCCGCUGUUCAUUUACGGUGAGCAUAAGGACAAGCUGCUCUUCUCCCGCAUUCACCAGAGACCAAAUUAGUCUAUCCUUUGGUGAUGCUUAUGGAAAUCAGGUUUAUGCACCGAGGUUAGAUGAUCCGUCAAGCAGGGCUUUUGAGCGGUGUUCGAGGGAUACAUACACAGUAUACGGUCCAUGUACGUAUCAGAUCUGUUAUGCGUACCUGUACAGGAGUGGAUACGAUGGGUGGAUACCGUAUGAUGUUACCAUCUACGGCUACCACACCAAAGCUGUCACCUUCACCUACAAUGUUGGCAUCCCUAGUGACACUUGGUACGGUCAUAAUUACUGUCGUUCACGCGCUGUAAAAUCUGCACAGAACUUGGGCUGGAGUUUGCUUUCUAUCGGUUCCACUAUGCUGUACACAAUUGCUGGCCUGUUUCGUGGUUAGUUUUGGGCCUUUCUGUUUGUAUCUAAUUUGGGCCUGUCCACUUUGAACACUUCGCUUGCCUGAUUUGUGUCUUGUAAUAAACAAAUGCUACUUAGUAGGGUUACUUUGCUCUAUGACAUUGUAGAAAGCAACUUUUGGAUAUUCGAUAUGAGUAUAGGUUUAACAAGA